GCUAUGUCCACUAAUAAACAGUUUGUUCCACUGGGUUUCUUACAUCGAUAUUUAUUAUGUCGUAAGGGGCAUAUUGACUAAAACCAAAACUUCCGGUAACGUUUUCGAGCGAUUACAGAAAUAAAUAACAAGAUCAUUUUGAAAGAAAAUACUAACAGCACAGAAGUGAAUAAUUAAAACAGGACAUUAUGUCCUUUCAAGUAAAUCUGCCACCAUCAGUGGUGGCCAAGAUGGCCAAGUCAGAAGAAGAACACGAUGGACCAAAAAAACAAUCCAGGGAAGAUUGGAAGAAAAUGAAAGAAUUAGAUGAAAUGAGAAAAGCUGGUACAGCACCAGCUAUGCAAGAUGAAGAUGGAAAAGAUAUUAAUCCACAUAUACCUCAGUAUAUUAUGCAAGCACCUUGGUACUUUGGUUCAACAUCAGCAACUUUAAAACAUCAACGGACACAAGAUGAGAAGAAAAAAGUCUACAGUACAGUGUCAGUGAAUGAAUGGUAUAAGAAGGGUAUUAAAGAGGGUCCUGUAGCUACUAAGUUUCGUAAAGGUGCCUGUGAAAACUGUGGAGCUGUGACACAUAAAAAAAGAGAUUGUUUGGAGAGACCAAGGAAAGUGGGAGCUAAAUUUACAGGAGAAUCUAUAGCACCAGAUGAAUAUAUUCAAGGUAAAGUAGAUUUUGAUUAUGAGGGAAAGAGAGAUAGGUGGAAUGGUAUUGACACAGAUGAACAUAGACAGAAAUUAUUUGAAGAAUAUAACAAAAUAGAGGCGGCGAAGAGAGCUUUAAAGGAACAAAAAUUAGACGAGUCAUUAAAAACAGGUGCAGAUGAAGAAGAUGAUGUUAAGAAAGAAGAAGAAGAUGAUGAUGACGAAGAAGAUGAAGAUAAAUAUGCUGAUGAUCUGGCUAUGCCUGGACAAAAGUUUGAAACAAAACAAAGAAUUACUGUUAGAAAUUUACGUAUUCGGGAAGACACUGCCAAAUAUUUAUAUAAUCUAGAUUUGAACUCUGCAUUCUACGACCCCAAAACACGAUCAAUGAGACAGAAUCCAUAUGAGAUUACUGGGAGUGGUAAAGACAAAGCAGACUUACAUUAUGCUGGUGAUAAUUUUGUUCGCGUGUCUGGUGAUGCUCAUGAAAUGGCUAAAGAACAAUUAUUUGCGUGGGAAGCGUAUGAAAGAGGAGUAGAUGUCCAUCUUCAAGCUGAUCCUACCAAACUAGCCUUAUUACAGAAAGAAUUUCAACAGAGAAAAGAUGGUUUUAAACAGACAGCUAAGCAGUCUAUAUUAGAAAAAUAUGGUGGUGAAGAACAUUUAGAUGCUCCACCUAAACAAUUGUUAUUAGCUCAAACAGAAGAUUAUGUAGAAUAUUCUAGACAUGGUGCUGUAAUAAAAGGCCAGGAGAAAGCAGCAGUUAAAUCUCGCUAUGAAGAAGAUAUUUAUCUUAAUAAUCAUACAAGUGUAUGGGGAUCAUAUUGGUUUCGAGGUCAAUGGGGUUUUAGUUGUUGUCAUUCUCUUGUUAAAGAAUCAUAUUGUACGGGUGAAUCGGGAAAACAGGCAGCAUUAUCAAGUAAAGAAUUGUUACUUCAACAAGAAAAAGAAUAUGCUGAAGAAGAAGUUCCCAAAUCUUUGAUGGAAUUACAUCAUGAUGAAUUAGAAAAAAAGCGAAAAAAGAAGAAGAAGAAAGAUAAAAAGAAAAGGAAGAAGAAAAAUAAAAAUAAGAGUGAUAGUGAUAAUAGCAGUGAUAGUGACUCGGAUGAUAACGAAGAAAAACUGAAGGAGGCUCUGAGAAGAGAAGAGGAACACAAUCGUAGUAUUGAUAAAUUAAUGGCUAUAGAUGAAAGAAAAAGACCAUAUAAUAGUAUGUAUGAAGCAUCUGAACCCACUGAAGAACAAAAAGAGGCCUUCUUAAUGAAAAAACGAAGGACAGAAGAUCCAAUGGCUGCAUUUUUAACAAAAUAACUUUAAAUGAAUAUCAUAUUUUUACUUAACAGUAAUCAGCUUAUCUCCAGCAGAGGUUAGGUUUGAAGGCAAUAUGUACAUCAUUAGUAGAUAUUUGUUCAAUUUGGAAAUAAUAACAUGCAUGAAAAUGCAAAUUUUGAACAAAAAUUCAAAACCUGCUGUUGCAAAUAGGUAUCUACCAACAUCCGUAGCCAAAAAAGACACUAUCUCUUCUUAAUGUUGAUAUUAUCAGUAUAAUGAUUGCAAUCAUUAAAUUAAUCAUGAAACAAAAUGGAAAUUUAUGCAGUAGGUUUCAGUUCAUGAUGAUAUAUUUGGACUAAAAACAUAUUCAAACUAAUCUAUCAAGAAUUUGCUUCAAAUCCAUCUCAAAACAAUGCAUUCACAAGGAAAUACUCCAAGCCCAAGCUGCUUAAAAAAAUCUAUAAAAAGAAGUCAUGUUUGUGUCACGUGACUUGGUAGCCUCGAGUGGCGUGCCGGGGGAGAAUCCAUUCUCAGAUUAUCCUGUGCCCACAUCUUUUUCUGCAGUUUUUAUCUCAGAAAUUUUUGUACAUUUAAGUCUCCCACUCUUUCCACGUCUGCUCACCAUCAAGUUUAUCAACAUAUACAUCAAGCACUCUCUAACACAAAGAGGUCAGACGUCACUCGAGUAGACAGCCCUUAAUCGUCGGGCUGUCAAUUAGUGACACCCUCUCAUUUUUCUCCCGUGCUCACUCCAUGUGUGUUUUUCAAGGAAUCCAGUAUUUUUCUAGAACGAUUGGGUGUCUCCACUUUCCAUAUGUACCAAAUUUGCCAUGCUUUUAAUGGAAAUAACCACAUGAAAUCGGUGACUGUUGUAAUUAUGUAUUAUAGAAAUUUUGAUUUUUGUACUCCCCCUUUGGAAUGUGGUCAUAUAUGGUCGUCGGCCCAUCCGUCGCAUGUUGUUAUUACCCCCAAUCGUCCAGCAGUCUGGCAUCAACCAUAUAUGUUUAUGUUCAUGAGCCAAAGAACCGUAUUGAUUUUAAAUGAUUUACCAAAAUUUCAGCAGCAUCUGAUUACCAGUACCUAUAAUAAAUGUUAGCACUAGGAAGAACUAGAAACCAAUCAAAUUUUAAUUAUUUCUGAUAAUUACUUCAGGGUUUUUACUCUUGAUCAGUUUUUAAUGUCAUGUAGUCUUGUAAAUGCUCCUGUUACUGGUAUUUACAAAAGAAUAAAUGAAAUCUGCAAAAAACAUUGUGGACUGCUCACUCGAGUUAGGUGUUGUAGUGCAUAUGUUUUGAACAUAUCUUAUUAAUACACAUAUUUUAACCCUUGUGUGGACAUGUCACACAAAAAACAGACAUAAUCUAAGACCCCAGACAUAAAUUGUUUUUUGGAUGCAUAAUUUUAUUCAAAUACGAUCAAACUACAUCUUGAUAUAAAGACUGAAUAAUAAUCAAUCAAGAGUAAAAAAUAAAAUAUUUGAGGUAUUAACAGUGAUGAUAUGAAUUAUAAGGUAUUUUUGAAAUCAUACAAAUCUACAUAUUAACUUAAUUGUCAUUUCCAUGUAGAAUUGUAUUUUGAUGGGGUUGGUAGAAUACCUAGAUUUGCUUUCAGAUCUAGAUUCCAAAUACAAAGCUAGCAUCGAGCGUAGAACAGAUUAGACAUUUGUAACCAGCAAAAUGUUGUGUCGAUAAUGUAAUACUGAUAGUUUCUUGUCAAAUGAUGAGUAUUGCUACUGCCUUACUUCCAUUCUAUUUACAGCAUUAUACUUGACAUUAAGUAGCUGAAAAUGUAUAAAAUUCUCGCUAGACAAUUAUGAACCAGUUCCUCACAAAUGUUAAGGAUAUGGUCGUGGGAUCCCCAAAUACCACUUGUAGACCCUCAAGGGUUAAUAUUUUUCAGUUUGUGUUUAAAUUAAAUAGAUGUAAAUAAUAUGUGUGUAAUGUUGUGUAUUAUAUAUACCUGUAUAUGUCAAAUAAUGGGAAUAUAUCAUAUUUAAUAUAAUUGUUUGAUUUUAUGUCAUAUGUAUAUAAACAGGACUACACUGAAAUUGACAAUAUUGUAUGUAAAAUAUUAUUCCUGACCUAUAGAUAAAGAUUUGAUCAAUAAAAGCAUA